AUGCCUUACAGUGAAGGGGUUCUCUUCGAUGUAAUACGUACAAACGUUGCUGGACCGCUAUCUCACUCGAGCUCUGCUCCCAUUCAUGCGAGAGCGAAGCAUGUUGCUGUUACUGGAUCAUCAUCCUAUAUUGGGUCUAAAGGUCUACUAGACGCAAUCGUACCGACCCUCGCACUAGAAGUCGCCCCAUUUGAUCUGCGCGUAUGCAACCUCAGUUUUGGGUUCUUUCGUACCGAAUUAAUGAGUGAGAACAAUGCCACUCAUGCAGCAACGAAGCAAAUUCCUGAAUUAGCAGAGCUACAUAAAGUGAUUGACGAUUCUCUAGAGGCCGGAGCUGUGGUUGACCCGAAGAAAGGCUGUGAACUUGUGGCGGAAGCUUUAGAGGCGAGGGAAGAUGUGCUGGCAAGGAACUACCACUGUGCCUUCCGAUUGGGUUUGGGGCUCCUAGUAUCAUAA